AUGCAUUUAAAUCUCAGCAAUAACGGAAUUGGAAAGAAAACUGGCGAAUCAUUAAGCAAUUUAUUGUCGGAAAGCCAUUCAGUUACAUUUUUAGAUUUAUCUGGAAAUAAUUUGGGUGACGAAGAGUUUGCUGCUAUCGGAAACGCUUUGCCUUUAACCAACACAAUAAAAACGUUAAAUUUAAGUCGAAAUGAUAUCGGAAUGAUAUCAGGAGCUUUAUUCGGUACCUGUAUCGCCAAAUGUAGCUCUCUGGAAGAACUCGAUUUGAGCAGCAAUCAUAUAGAAGACGGAUUGAUUGGUGUUUUUAAUAACAUGAAAAAAUCUAACCUUCGAAUUUUGACUGUUUCUAGAAAUGGUAUACCCGAUGCAGCCAUGGAUGCCUUAGCUCGCGGUCUACGUGCUUGCAAAACUCUUCAAGAGGUUGAUGUCAGCAGCAACUUCAUUUCAAAUAAAGGCGCCAUGGCCCUUGCACCAGGUCUUAAAGGAAGUACGGUGGAAAUAUUUCGAAUUGCUCACAACCCAUUUCAAGGUAAACCAGCAACUGUUUUACUUAGAGCAGCGGGAGCAAAUCUUAAACUUUUAGAUCUUUCUGGAAUAAAAGUAGAUUUAUCUUUCCUGAAAUUUUAUAGAAGUUAUUCUGAAAGUGGAAGAGAUAUGAAAGUUCUAUUUGGAUCAGAAAUACGAUACGACAUACAUCCUAGAGAUCAAUUUCAGCCUGAAGAAGGUAUUGUCGAUGGAUCAAAUGCAUUGUUAGUGGCGCUGAAGUUUGCCGAUGAGAAAGGCAUGUCGUUAAAGAAUGUUUUAAGAAAAAUCCAUUCAUCUUACUUGAAAGAAACACCUGAAGAGGAAGAAACAAAGGAAAAAGAAGAGGAUGAAGUAAAAGAAAGGAGAAUGACAGCCACUGUUUUAGCUAAUGGUUUAAUUGAUAGUGACUUAGAAAUGCCUAAGACUCUGGCUCGAGAAAUUUCAACGUCUUUGGCGGAUGAAGAAGGUUUUGUGGAUAUGUGGGAAAUAAUUACAAAAUUGCCUUACAGGCCGGAUGACAUUGCAGUUCAAAUUAAAAAAGAGAAAAAGAAAAGUGGUGACAAAAAAUCAAAGGAUAAAAAAUCGAAAAAAGGCAAAGGAAAAAAAUAA